AACUCAACGUAACGUACGUACAGACGGGUACGUGCCAGGCUGCAUGAUAUGUUCAGUACAGCGAGUGUUUUCUUCUGUGGUAGUCUCUUUUUCACUUGCUCAUGUGUGUUACCUCGUGUUUAAAAGGCUUUUGGACCUGAAGUGUGUGACAGCCUUAGUGUGCUUUGUGAAGAGAGUAAAGCUGGUCGAAAUGUGUCAGAUGCAGGACUACUCGUUUACGACUUGUGAGCAAGCUGCUAGCAACUUUUAGCUUUUUAAGCUCCGCUGGUAACGUUACGCCAACGUUUAACCUUACCAAAUACGGCUAGUAAGAAAACUAGCCAAACAGCUAGACAACAACUGCUCCUGCUGUUUAGUUACUUGUAUAAGGAAACACUCGACUCGGAAAGUAAUUCCACUCUGUGCGUAAAGGGUCACCAAACAGCAAGUGAAGAGCUUGGUGCCCCCGGGUGACCUUCUCUGACAGCUGGGUAUAUGUCUUCGUGACUGUCCGACUUCUAUGAAUUGACUAACUACAUCUGGUCAGAGGACUAACAUGACCAGGUCUGUCAUCCGCGUACCAACAGAACCGAGCAGGACCCUUAUUCAGCACAUGUAACUGGACAUUUAGUCGGGUGUAUGGUUGUGUGUUCGAUUAAAAGAAUGACUCGCCGCUCAGUGGUGAACCUGGUGCUCCUUGGGAAUCGAGCUGUUAGCCUGCUGAACGGAAACUCACUUCGCCCCCUCCACACCUCAGUAUACAACACCUCAUCACAGCCGGAAUCCGGAUUCAAACCGGAAAAAGUAGCAGUGGUUACAAAGACUACGCGCUAUGAGUUUGAACAGCAGCGAUAUCGCUAUGCAGGGCUGUCUGAAGAGGAUUUAAAACAGUUGCUUGCUAUGAAGGGCUCCAGCUACAGCGGCCUGCUGGAAAGACACAACAUCCACACUAACAAUGUGGAACAUAUUGUGAAGAGCCUGCGGAGAGAAGGCAUUAAUGUACGGGUUGUGAAGAGAGGAGAAUAUGAUGAAGAAAUAGUACGAUGGGCAGAUGCCAUUAUCUCUGCUGGAGGUGAUGGGACAAUGCUUCUUGUUGCCAGUAAGGUAUUAAGCAAGGACAAACCAGUUGUUGGAGUAAACACUGACCCUGAGAGGUCAGAAGGUCAUCUGUGCCUGCCUGUACGGUAUACUCGUGCCUUCCCAGAGGCACUGGAGAAACUCUGUCGUGGUGAGUUCAGGUGGCUUUGGCGUCAGAGAAUCCGUCUACACUUAGAGGGCACAGGAAUCAAUCCCAUCCCGGUGGAUCUGCACGAACAGCAGCUGAGCCUGGAGCAGCACAGCCAAGCCCACCGCAUCACUACCAUGGACAGCCAGCGGAGUACGACUCCUCCACCUGACAUGUGGACAGGAACACUACAUGAGAGCUUUUCCAAGCCCAGCCUACUUCCUGUCAGAGGCCUGAAUGAAAUCUUCAUUGGAGAAUCUCUGUCCUCCAGGGUGAAGUUAAAAUCCUUCAAACACCAUGUUAACCUCUUGCUCCAUAGGGCUUCUUACUAUGAGAUCUCUGUGGAUGACGGCCCCUGGGAAAAGCAGAAGAGUUCAGGACUCAGCAUUUGUACGGGAACAGGAUCCAAAGCCUGGUCAUAUAACAUUAACAAACUUGCUGAACAAGCUGUGGAGGAGGUUUUAAAAAUUGGAAAGAACCUAACAGAUCUUGAUAUCCCACUUAAUCGUGAAUUUAUUGAAAAGGUUACUGAUGAAUACAAUGAGUCUCUGGUGUUUGGGCCGGAUGACAGACGCUUGUUCUACAGCAUCAGGGAGCCCAUUGUCAACAGAGUGUUCUCCAGCAGUCGGCAGAGAGGCUUUGCCAGCAAGGUGUGUGUCCGCUCUCGGUGUUGGGAUGCCUGCAUGGUGGUUGAUGGUGGGACUUCAUUCGAGUUCAAUGAUGGUGCCAUAGCUACAAUUAGCAUGAGUGAGGAGGAUCAGCUCCGGACAGUGGUUCUAGAAAACUGAGAUGUCCAGAGCACAUGACACCUGACUGGUUUCUCUCAAGCUAACAGUGUUUAAAGAAAUGUGGUCAAAGGGAAGAAGCAGUUCUUAGCUUUUAGCCUUUAAGUGUUGAAUAUUUUUAUGCCUGACAGUUGUGUUGUUAAAUGUGUGCAUUUUUCCAAAUCAGAUAUUUUCAAACCAUUGUUUUUCUCUAUCCCACUAUUCCCAAAUUGUAACAGGAUUCAGUCCACUAGAUUGUAACGACUAUAAUCUGAUCUGACACUGUAAUCUAAUUACAUUUUGUUGAUACAAGCAGCAUUUCAUGGUCACUACUAUUAAGUGUAUGUCACAGUGAGUCUCUUAGCUGAGGAAGAGAUGAAAGAUCGGAUAAAAGGUGGCCAUAUUGAUUGUUUUAAACAUAUCUCUUUUUCACAUUUCAGUUUGGUUGGAGCAGUAACUUCUGUCAGUCAUUUUAUCCAUAAAAUUGAAGUUAUUAUGUCUAUAUGUAUAUAUAUAUAUGUGUGCGUGUGUGUGUAUCUAUAUAUAUAUAGAUACACACACACAUAUAUACAUAUAGAUAUAUGUAUAUGUAGCCCUUUCUGUGUAUCUUUCAGUCUAAAAUCCCUGUGAAUUCUGUAAAUCUUUAAAAGCGGAUCACAAAUAUAUGGUACCAUGUUUUGCAAAGGCUCAGUAA